UUCGAUUUCUCACAAUCAACAAAACUAAUGGCCUCAUCAAAGCAUCUGGUUGCUGCCCUUCUUGUUGGUUUCCUGGCUUUUUCCCAUUCGGUUGCAAAGCUCCAUGUCCAUGAAACUGAUCCAAUCAAAUUUGAUAGCAAAGAGGAAGAGGGAAAUGCGGAAGGCUGCCAUUUUGCUGGUACAUGCAGCACGGCAGCAGAGUGUAGGCAACCAUGUGCUGCCUUGGGCCGCAACCCGGAUGCUGUCAAGUGCGUUUCUUCCUCUGGUGAAAACCGCUGCUGUUGUGUUCAAUGUUGAUUGAUUCUUCUGUAAUGGAAAUGUGCUACUGGAAUAAACUUUACUUUUAGGUUAUAGUUUUCUCAUCAUUAAGAAUAAAAUUGUUAACAAUUCAAACUUGGUUUAGUGGUUUUUUUACUUUUCUUUAAGAGGGUUAAUGUUCAUUAAUGUUCCAAUCUCUUUUCUACAUAUGAAUUUGACCUGGAAUAGAGAUGAAUGCUGCUUUCGAGGUAUCUCAAUGUUUCAAAUGGGAUAGUCUUUGGGCUCUAUGCCCAAUUCCUUGAUGCCUUGGGCUUAGGCUUGGAGACCAGAAGAAGAAUCUUUUUUGGGAGAAAGCCCUUGGUCAACUGGCCAAAACCCAAGGAAGGGGGAAAGAAAGAACUUGGUAAAGGUCUUCGGGACUCCAGUGAUACUAUUACGUAUGAUAUCAUCAUCAUCUGAACUGACACAGUCACCACAUGGUUAGUGACGUGGCAAAAUGACAGAAAUGGGGACCACAUGGGGUGUGUGUGGUCCGGGCAACAGCGAGAGCCCUUCCCCAGAAGUAACCAGUCCGACCCAGUCCACUGACAAGUGAAAAGCAUCUGACGCGUCCGGCUACCUGCCCCCUCUGAAACCG